GAUAGAUAUUGGUGUGGUGCUUUUCGAAUAACACACAACGCGGUGCGACAACAAUAAAAUAACAACAACGAGCUAUCGAGUAAAUUUGUAGCAGACAGAGUACGUGUAUUUGAGCGCCGGAUAAGGGAGCAACGAGAAAGAUGGGAAAGCAAAAAAUUUAUUGUGCAAAAUGCGAUAAAAAAUGUUCGGGCGAGGUGCUACGUGUGGCCGAUAAGCAUUUUCACAAAGCUUGCUUUCAGUGUUGUCAAUGCAAAAAGUCGCUCGCCACCGGCGGAUUCUUUACCAAAGACGGUGCAUAUUAUUGCAUUCCCGACUAUCAGCGUCUCUAUGGCACGAAGUGUGCCGCUUGCCAGCAGUAUGUCGAGGGCGAAGUGGUCUCGACCAUGGGAAAGACGUAUCACCAAAAGUGUUUCACGUGCUCCAAAUGUAGCAACCCUUUCAAAUCUGGAAGCAAGGUAACAAAUACCGGUAAAGAGGUUUUAUGUGAAAAUUGUAUUCCAGCGGCUACUUCAUCACCCAUACGACAACCGAAUGCUGCCGAUGUGUCGCGUAAAGAAGGCACGGUUUCACCAGUUCCGAAAGCUGAAAGUCCAACACGCGCCACUGCGCACCAGCAAAUGACUAGUGGUGUAGUUUCUGAUAAGGCACGUUUAAAGGAGGAUUACGACCCAAACGAUUGUGCUGGUUGUGGAGAAUUGUUGAAAGAAGGUCAAGCACUAGUUGCACUAGAUCGGCAAUGGCAUGUUUGGUGCUUCCGCUGUAAAGCGUGCAAUUCCGUACUGAAUGGCGAGUACAUGGGCAAGGAUGGUGUGCCGUAUUGUGAAAAGUGCUAUCAGAAGUCGUUCGGUGUGAAAUGCGCUUACUGUAAUCGCUUUAUUAGUGGAAAAGUGUUGCAAGCCGGUGAUAACCACCAUUUCCAUCCAACCUGUGCACGCUGCACAAAGUGUGGCGAUCCAUUCGGUGAUGGCGAAGAGAUGUACCUACAAGGCAGCGCAAUUUGGCACCCGCGUUGUGGCCCCGGGCCUUCAGAGUCUGGCAUUAUUUUAAAUGGUGGCGGGCCAGCGGUGGGUAACGGUGCCUUUACGGAUACAGAAUGCGAUCGCAUGAGCUCGAGUGCGCUCAGUGAUAUGUACACGCGCUCCAGAACGCCGAGUUUUAAUGGUUCACUUUAUUCUUCUAGCCGCAAGCACUAUCGUACAGUUAGCCCUGGUCUAAUUUUACGUGAAUAUGGCCGACCUGGCGGUGAAGAUAUUUCACGUAUUUACACAUAUAGCUACUUGACAGAUGCUCCACACUACUUACGCAAGCCGAUCGAUCCAUAUGACAAGAUGCCUUUGUCGCCACACUUUCAUCGGCCGCCAUCAUAUGCCACCAGCACCGGCGGUUCAAUGGCUGGCAGUCGGCCACCUUCAAGACCACAUUCCCGUAGUCGCAGUGCUAUGAAAGUGCUUGUAGAUGCCAUCCGAUCGGAGACACCACGCCCCAAAAGUCCUGCCAUGAACAACGAAGAGCCCAUAGAGCUGUCGCACUAUCCAGCUGCAAAGAAACCACCACCAGGCGAGAAACCGAAAAUCGAAAGAGAUGAUUUCCCAGCACCGCCUUAUCCAUACACAGACCCGGAACGUAGACGCCGUUACAGUGACACUUAUAGGGGUGUAGCUACUUCCGAUGAUGACGAUGAAGUAGACAAUUUGAAAAAUGGCGAAGUUGAUACACGUCUACAACGUGAGGCUGAGGAGCUUGAAAAAUUGAAUUCAGGCAUUGGUUCAGCAAUUGCAAAAGAUUUAAAAGAGCACGCAAAAUAUAAAAAAUGGAAACAACAAAAUUUAGACCCGAGAAAUGCAUCGCGUACACCCUCGGCAGCCAAAGAACCCAUACUCAAGCUAAGAUACGAGUCGCCUAUUGGUGCUUCACCAUCACGUAAUUUAGAUCAUCAGAAGCCUUUCUAUGAGGACGAAAUGUUCGAUCGAUCGACUAGUUACAGGGGAUCGUUAGGCAAAUCGCUUGGUAAUGCACCCAGCUACAACGUGGUGAGCGCCUUGCGGCAUGUCCCUAAACCAGGAUACGGCUUGGCUCCACGCUCACAUACAUUCAGUGCAUCCACUGCGGCUGGUGGUACUACUGCUGUGCACCCUGUUGCUACUGAUUUUUCAUAUGGAGGUCUUGUGGAUAAAACUCAUAGUACAGAUUUAAGUUGCGGAAAAUCAGAAGCUUCGGUUGAUUCCAUAACUGAUGGUGAUAGACGGGCACUGAUGGGUGGCGAGCUUCCCGCUUCUAGCACAUAUUCGGGUGUAUUGUCCUAUCAUUAUCCGCAAGCUGGUUUGAUUCGUCGGAGUUUACCGAACAUGGCGCACUCAUUGCUCGUACAUGAGCCGGCAAAGAUUUAUCCUUAUCAUUUAUUAGUCAUCACAAACUAUCGUCUACCAACAGACGUUGAUCGCUGCAACUUAGAGCGUCAUUUGUCGGACGUAGAAUUCGAACAUGUGCUGCAAUGUUCACGUUCCGAAUUCUACCGACUGCCCCAAUGGAGACGAAACGAGCUGAAGCGACGGGCUAAACUAUUCUAAAAACAAAACAAAAUUCAUAGUAAUAAUAUUGAAUCAGCAUUUCUUUGUCGGAUAACUGGCUGGAUAAAUAGGACUGUCUCAACCCACACACACAUGCACCUGCGAUUGUUCGUAGCAUAAAAAGCAAUUGAAAGCAACACUCAAAACAAAAAGAGAAAAAAAAUUACAAACGAUAAUUAAAAGUAUAAAAGUUCGUCGUAUACACUUGCUUUUUUCAUAAUAGAACAAUAUUUACGAGUCAAUGUCAAUAGCUUCGCUAUUCACAUCUGCUACACUCACCAGAGACAAACCUAUUGAAACUAAUAGCUAGCUGCAAACGAGAAGACGAGCCAGAGACCGCCUCCCCCCUAGUUACCAAAUCGACUACCAACUAUCUUCUUAUAGUGAAUAAGAUUAAGUGAAAUUGCCUGAAUGCAAAUGUUGACCGAUAAAAAAACAGAAUCAAUCUGACAAGCUUUACAGCUUUCCAUUACGAGUAUACAAAAAUAGUAAAACUUAAACUAAAUCUGAGCUUUUUCUAUAUUAUGUAGCAUACAUACAUACAUAUAUUACUUCUGUUCGCAAUUAUAUUGUAUUUAUAUAUACAUACAUGUAUUUUUAAAUUAUAUUAAAAGAGAAUAUUGCGAGAGCUUAUACUACGUAUGUGUUGCAUAUGUACGAGACGUACUCACAUACACACACAUAUAUAUUUGCAUGUAUGCUGAUUUCUAUUGAUUUCUAUAUAUAUUUUCAGUUUCUUUAUGCAUUUGUAUUUAUUCGCGUAUAAUUAAGGCGAAAUAGGUCGAAAAGCAGAAAUGAUGCUAAAUUACUAAUUUGCUUUCUAAAAACAACACAAACAAAAAUAUGCAAUUAAGAUAAAAGAACACGCUGAAAAUCUGAUAAUUGCAUAAAAAAUAUGUAUUUACAAAUAUAUGCUUAACAUUUAUUUAAUGUGAAA